AUGGACCCGCCGCCCCCGCCUCCGCCGCAGCCGGCGCACGGGGGCUACGCCCAGCGCUUCUCCCCCGCCGGCCUCAUCCACGCGCCGCUCUCCGCGCUGCUCGAGUACUCCUCGGGCGUCCUGCGGGCCCAGGCCGGCGGGGGCGGCGGCGGGGGCGCCCAGCGGGGGGAGCCAUCCGCGGGGGCCGACGGGGAGGUGUCGAUUCGGAUCGCCGGGCCCGACGACGCGCCUGGCGCUGGCGCGGGGGACGCGGGAGGAGGGCAGCAGCCCGCGGACGAGGAGGCCCCGGCGGCGCGGGGGGACGAGGCCGGCGCGGGCGGCGCGAGCGGGAGGGGGGACUCGCCGUACCAGGGCUACGACGUGCAGCGCCUGGCCAGGUGGGUGGAGCACGCGCUGCCCUUCUCCCUGCUCCUGCUCGGCGUCUUCAUCCGCCAGCACCUGCAAGGUUUCUUCGUCAUGAUCUGGAUUGCCGCAGUCAUGUUCAAGUCCAAUGAUAUCUUGCGCAAGCAAACCGCUCUCAAGGGGGAGAGGAAAAUGCCAAUGCUUAUCGGGAUUGUAGUAGUAUUCACCAUUCACGUCUUUGGAGUCUACUGGUGGUACAGGAAUGAUGACCUUGUUAGACCUUUGGUGAUGCUUCCUCCAAAAGAAAUACCACCAUUCUGGCAUGCUAUAUUUUUCAUUGCGGUGAAUGAUACAAUGGUCCGGCAAGCUGCUAUGGUGGUCAAGUGUGUGCUGCUCAUGUACUACAAAAACAGCAAAGGUCGUCACUAUCGUAGACAGGGCCAAAUGUUGACAGUUGUGGAAUAUUCCCUACUUCUGUACCGUGCGUUGUUGCCGGCUCCUGUGUGGUAUCGUUUUUUCCUGAACAAGGAAUAUGGAAGUCUUUUUUCAUCUUUAACAACUGGAUUGUACCUUACUUUCAAGGUGGCAUCAAUGGUGGAAAAGGUUCGAUCACUUUUGGCUUCAGUGAAUGCGCUGUCUCAUAAGGACUUGCAUUAUGGUUCACAUGCAACAACUGAGCAGGUUCUUGCUGCUGGAGAUCUGUGUGCUAUAUGCCAAGAAAAGAUGCAUACUCCCAUCCUCCUGCAGUGUAAACAUAUCUUCUGCGAAGACUGUGCCUCUGAAUGGUUGGAGCGGGAGCGGACAUGCCCGUUAUGCAGGGCGCUGGUGAAGCCAGGGGACAUUCGGUCAUUCAGCGACGGUUCAACGACCCUCUUCUUUCAGCUCUUCUAA